AUGGGUAUAUUGGUGAUGCCAAUGCUGACUCCAGACCAAGCUGCAUCGGAAGAGAUCCUUCUUGCAGCGAUCAUGGCCAGCAAGUGCGCAGAUAUCGUGACUGUCUGCAAACUUCUGCUCGAUAUUUUACUUAAGCCCCUUGGCUUAUGUAUCGAGGGAAUAUGCGUCGUCCCUCGCAACGUCCACAGAUCAGUGUGUACCGUCGAGGGCAAGGACAGAGACAUGGAAAAACACAUUGCUGUCGGCUCGCAUAAUCUACUCCGUGUGACGCUCCCGGAUGGCGAACAAAUGGCCGUCGACUUUUCAAGUCCUCACAUGGGAUGGCACGAGAGACCCUAG